UUCUUCCUCUCUCCAGCUGGUGCGUAAAAAGCAGGGAGACGCUUUCGGGCACGCUGGGCAGCAGGCACAAACUCCACCUCUUCCUCGGAGAAAUCCUCCUCCUCCUCCGUGGCCCCAUCCUGCUGCUGCCUGACUGCCUACCUACCAACCUAUUCUUCCUCCUCCUCGUGCUAAGGGGGCAACCAGUGCCAGGGACCCUCCCCAACCAUCGCUGCCGCCUUCUCCUUCCCCGUGCGCCUUAGCAGUCGGCUGUUAGGCUGGAAACAAAGUGUGACCCUCUGUAAAACACCAUAUAUGCAGCAGUACUUGGAUGCUUCAAGGCAUGGAUGGGAAGAAAUGCAGCGUAUGGAUGUUCUUGCCUCUUGUCUUGACACUGUUUACCUCAGCAGGACUGUGGAUUGUAUAUUUUAUAGCAGUAGAAGACAGCAAAAUUCUUCCACUAAAUGUGCCAUACAGCCCAUCAAGUCCCCUAAAACCACCAUAUAUAAGUGUUGCAGGUGAUGCCCCUCCUGCAAGCUGUGUGUUUAGCCAAGUCAUGAACAUGGCAGCAUUUCUAGCACUUGUUGUGGCUGUCCUCCGUUUUAUUCAACUGAAGCCAAAAGUCCUGAAUCCAUGGCUCAAUGUGAGCGGCCUGGUAGCGUUAUGCUUGGCCUCCUUCGGAAUGACUUUACUGGGCAACUUCCAGCUUACCAAUGAUGAAGAGAUACAUAAUGUUGGGACAUCCUUAACUUUUGGUUUUGGCACCUUGGCCUGCUGGAUUCAGUCAGCACUAACACUCAAAAUAAACUUGAAGAACGAAGGGAGAAAAGCUGGGAUCCCACGAGUUGUCCUAUCUGCAGCAAUUACCCUCUGUGUAGUCCUUUAUUUCAUCUUGAUGGCGCAGAAGUUUCACAUGCAUGCAGCACAGAUACAGUGGGGAAUGGUGAUGUGCUUCCUCUGCUACUUUGGUUCAUUUGCUGUGGAGUUCAGGCACUACCGGUUUGAGAUCAUCUGUUCCGAAUACCAAGAAAACUUCCUUAGCUUUUCUGAAAGUCUCUCUGAAGCAUCUGAGUACCAAACAGAUCAGGUGUAACACAGCCUGGUUUUUUUU